AUGAGUGAUUCUAGACAGCAGUCUCUGUUCUUCAUCACUCUUCCAGAUUUGCACAAACUCUGUGCUGUCAGGAUAAUACUUAGCAAUGAUGUUGCAGACACUGAGAUUAGGACUCAACAAAGAAAGAUGUGCAGGAAAUUGCUCUUUAUGCACCAGGAUGUUCUUACUGCACCUGUGCCUGGAAUUCUAAACCAGAUCUGGGUGGUGAUGGCGAUACCAUUUUAUAAAGCUGGAAAGCUGAAUGCCUAUAUGGAAAAACAUGGAGCUAGGAUGGAGGCACCUCAGAGAGUAAUUCCCGUAAUUCUUCAAACCUGCCUGUCCUAUUCACUCACAGCGAGACUUGCUCCAGCCUGGAAUCAGACUGGCCAUCUCUUGAUACAAGGAAGAGAUUUUCUUUCUCAGCUGGGAAAACAAAGUGCUAUUGUGUUGGACAUCACUGUCACAGAGACUCAAGUUUGUCUAAGUAUCGAGGCUUGCAGAGUUAGACUGCCGCCACCUGAGCUAAGAGAAUUUGAUAUUCCCGAGAAUGUUAUGAAGAACUUUGAAACUGACAAGAACACCGUCAUUGACAGACAUUCCAUUUUAAACAACUGGUGCUAUGUUUUACCAAGCAUGAAAAUGGGACAGAUAAUAAGUAUUCUUUACACGCCACCCCCUGAGUGUCCUUUUCACUCCUACAGAGAUUUCCAGAUUCACUGGAAGGACCUGUAUGGCUAUAAACUUCCAGAAGAUUAUGCAAAUAUUAAAAUAUAUUGCAGUGUCUACUUCAGAAUGAUUGGAGAAAGAGUCUUCACAUACCCUCUCAGUUGCAUUAGAAGCCAGCCCAUACAGUUUUUUCCAAGAGUGAAUUUAGAAGGUGUACUGAGAAGUUUUCUUUCAGAUUUGAAGUCUAAACUCCCCCACAUAUGUGGAUUUGCCAUAAAGAUGACAAAUAAACCAUGCUAUUACACACAGGAACUGACGAAACCUUUGAUACAGGAAAACAGAAUCAAGCCAUCUAAUUUGACCACUAAAAAAACAUCCAGGGCUGCUCUGACUCAACCCACUACCACAAAACCUGCCUUGGCCUGGAACCUCCAACCACGUUCACAUGCAGUAGCAGUGGACCACAGGGUGGCGCUUUCCGUCAGCCAGCUGAAGCCAAGCCUCCCCCCAGCUCAGUGUCUGCAGCCAGAGUCUGUUCAGAACAGACAGCUGUCCCUGCCCUACAAGGCACCACACAUGCGUCUGGAUGCUCCAGAGCCCAGCCGAAGAGAUACUUGGGUUCAGGACACACACCUUAGACCUCGAAGUGAAAUCACCCCCAAGUUCAUACCAACUUUCAAAACUAGAUUAUUACAGACGAACAAAAAUACCCCAGAAUCUGGCAAUCUGAAAAGGAAACAGUGCAGUGUUACAGAAUCCAAGUUGCUUUCACCUAAAACUGUCACGAUCCAGGACAACAAAGCCAAUUUAGGCUCAGCAGCAAAGAAAAGAUCUAAUAGUAACAUUCAGAUCCACACUGGAAAUUUCAAUAUGAAGAAUUCCAGGUCUCUGCAAAAGAAAAAUACCAAGCCCUGUGCAAAUGUGACGCGAUAUCCCCCUUCUAAUGGAAAAUCCUUGAUUGAGAAGGUCAAUAACAGUAAACAACUAUUUGAUAACUCAGUAUUUCGUAUGUCCCGAAACAGUUCAAGUGCAGUAAAAAGGGUUGCUGACUUGCAGGUGAAGGAGGAAGAAAAUUUAACAAGUAAAUAUAUAACGCAAAUUUUCGGGCCAGGCCAUGGGUCAGUAAAAAUGAAAAGACAACCAUGCAUUUUUGAAUCAGACACAGAAACAGAAAAACCUCAACAACUACUGCAACAGUCAGUAAAUCAGACUAAAGAAGUUGACAUAAAUGUCCAUAGAUUGAUGGCGAGCCGAACAGCCCACAGAUUGAAAAGAAAGUCAUGUCAGGAAUUUCCAGGAACUUCAAGCAAGCAUUAUUCCAAUACUAGCCUUCAUUCUGGGCAGUCCAGUUCUACCAGGAGCCAGAAAGGCCUGAGCCCUGCACAGGGUGAUCAAGAUGCCCCGAGUCUGUGUGUGAACGUGUUCCUGCCCACCUUGCUGGCUCCCAGCUCACCCACUGAUAGUCGGCGCACACUGUAG